CCUCCCCUCCCGGCAGCCCGCGCGGCGGCGCAGCGCAGCAGCGGCAAGAUGGCGCAGCCGCCGGUUCUGCUCAAGGACACCAAGCUGAUGGACGUGAAGCUGGGCCAGCUGCCCACCUGGCUGGCCAUGAGGGACUUCACCCCCGGGGGCAUCGCGGGCGCCCUGCGGAGAGGUUAUGACAGAUACUACAAUAAAUACAUCAACGUCAAGAAAGGGGGCCUGGGUGGCAUCUCCAUGGUGCUUGCGGGUUACGUUGUCAUCAGCUACAUCUGGAGCUACAGUCACCUCAAGCACGAGCGCCUCAGGAAGUACCACUGAAGCAGGGAUGUCAGAAAGAGAAGGCACAGCUUCUGGAACAGCCUUGGCUACUGGAACCCUUUUCCUGACAGAAGACAUUAGAACUAUUCCUAUGAACAUCUGUACCGUUAUGACCAAUAAUAAAGUGCACACACUUGCAGAGCUCACGCUCUUGUUACUGA